AUGACGACCGUUCCCCAUCCCGUUCGCACUCGCCUGGAGGUCCCUCACACUCCCCUCCUCGGGGCCCUGCCACCGAUAGGAGACGUGAUUAUUCCCGAGACCAUGCCGAUACCCGACCCCGAUAUCGAAGCCGCGACCGCGAAGACUUGCGAAGGAGGGCCUCGCGGUCCCCCCCCAGACGCGCACGGCACGUCUACCGCGAUCGAGAUCGUGAAGGAUAUCGGUCACGGAGUCGAACCAGGAGCUUCAGCCGCAGUCGAAGUCGAAGCCCGCGUCGAAGUCGGUCGCAUUAUGGACAAGAGAGUAUCGAAUGAACUGAAAGAAUUCUACCACAUCGAGGGACUCGAGGAGGUUCGCGUGAUUCGGGAUCGCCAGACAAAGAUAUCUCGUCAGCUGGGCUUUCUUCGGUUCCGAAAUAUCAGCUACUCCCGUGCCUUUGUUGAGCGAAACUUUCCUUUGAUCUACUUGUGUGGUCCGAGCGCCCAGGAUGACCGUGGCACGAAAGUGCGCAUCGCAUUUAGCCGCGAGCGAGAGGAUAGGGCUAGAGCCAGGGCUGAAAGUGACUGGACCUGUAUGAUGUGCUCCAUCGUCAACUAUUCUACGCGCCAGAAGUGCUUCCGAUGUCAAGCUCCAAGACCUGAUGCUGGUCCGACAGGUCCCCCGGGAAUAGCCGCGCCGAGGGUAGAAAACCAUGGCGAUAACGACGCUGCCCCUGAAAACCAGGCCUCCCAGUUCCUGCUUUUUCGGGGACUGGAACACUCCGUCACCGAAGAACUGCUAGCAAAAGGGGUGGCCAAGCUGUAUCGACCGGCGAACAAUAGUGCCGAUGGCGUCUCGGGCCAAAAGAAAGGAGCGAAGGUGGCGUCAACAACGGGUGACUCUAACCUAGGAGCUAGGGAGGGUUCUAUCCGGCGUGUUCUGCUGGUUCGGGACCGCCGAAGUAACGAGAGCUGGCGCUAUGGGUUCGCGGAGUUUUCUACGAUUCAGGAUGCGCAAGCGGCUGUCUCCCGGCUCAAUUCGUUUGAGAAAUUCACUAUCUCAUCUCGACCGGUCAUGGUCAGCUACAUCCACGCGGGUGUCUUUGUGCCGGUCAUGAACCCAAGCGCAAGUACCGAACGAUUCACUUUCAGUCCCUUGAAUAACCCAUCGCUAAAACUCAUGUACUGGGACGAAGAAGCAUACGUAACCGAGCUCACAGUCUCGCCUGGAGAAACGGAACAGCAAGGGCUCAAACAUGACCAGCAUACCUCAACUGGCCAGUUGGAUAGCCAAGCAAAAAGCAAGGAAGCCGCUGAAAAGGCUAAAAAGAGAAAGGCCGAUGCAGCUGCUAGUGCUGCGGGAGCCAAAAAGAUGGCAAUGCCAUCUCACCUGCAGUUCUGGAGUGACCGUCAUGCAGAGCUGCAUGGCAUUCAGAAGAAAGAUGGUGAUGAGAAGGUCGCGGGAGAUCACGGGUCAGAAAAUAAAGCGUCGCCAUUUGAUUCGGAAACUGCUCCAACCCGUCAGUCGUACGCCGAUCCAACCCGAAACUGCUGUUACCUCUGCAUGCGGCAAUUUAAGACAAUGGCAGACGUCAACCGUCACGAGCGCCUGAGCCAGCUUCAUCGCGGUAACCUGCAGAAAGAAGAUGUCAUCACGAAAGCCAUGGGCAAACUCAUCAAACAUGGAAUUGUCCCCCAACCUCCAGAAUACCGAGAUCGAGCCCGCGAGCGUCGCCAGGCAUUCGGCCGCUCGAAAACAACCACCACCAAGCCCGCUCCAGCUGCAGAGCCAGAGUCCCCUCCGCCAGCCGAAAGUACAUCUAAAGGCGCUUCACUACUGAGCAAAAUGGGCUGGUCCGCUGGAACCGGACUAGGUGCGCAAGGCACCGGCAUGACCGCGCCGAUCACGACAGAGGUCUACGCUCAAGGUGUCGGCCUAGGCGCGCAGGGAAGCAAACUCGGCGAAGCGAGCGAAGAAGCCGGUCGCAACACCCGCAACCGGUACGACGAAUUCCUGGAGAAAACCAGGCAAACGGCGCGAGAGCGAUACGAGAAAAUGGACCAAGACAAGGAUGUAAAGUAG